CUGAGUAUGAGAUUAGAAUUAAGAAACUAGAACAAAAUAACAAAGAGAAUAUAAACCUUAAAGAUGAAGUAAUGAAAUUAAAAAAUGAUAUUGAGGAAAUCAAAAAGAAAGAUCAAAUCAUUAUUAAUACUCAGAAUAUACUUUUUACAGAAGAUAUUUCAUCUAAAAAUUUGAAACGAAAGCAUAUUAGCAAUGAGAUUAGAAAAAGAAAUCGAGAAAAGCUUAGAUCUCAAGACCCUAUACUAAAACCAUCCAAUUUAUCGUAUAAUAAUCAAAAUUUAAAAAAGGCAGAGUCUAGAGACUGUGUCUCUUCAGAACAAAAUACUGAUACACAAGAAAUAAAAAAAUCUGAAAUAGAUAUACAACCUUUGAUACAGGAAUUAUUUCUAGAAACUUUAAAAGAAAAUUGCAUCAAAAUCGUUAAUAUAGAGUAUUCUAUUGAUGAUUCACCUACAAUCAAAUUG